AUGCUUGAUAGAAAAACUGUCACAGGAAGAGCCCCUGAUUAUGUACCAGAAUCUGACAGUCCUAUUUACCACAUACACAAGGAUAAUGACAUAUCUGGGUUUCUUUUUGUGCUUCUCGAGAACCCCAAUGACUUGGCAGUUUUCUGGGUUGCUGUCAUUCCUGUACCUUUUGCUCAUUCUGGGCCUUAUUGCAUUAGUACACAAUGUUUAGUGUUUGUAAAGUCUCAGUUAUUUGAAGUUGAGAUAAAUCCUUUAUUUACUCAAAAUAUUAAUUUCUUUGUCGAUGCGUUGAUUCAGCUAGCAUGGCAAGGACCUUCAGAUGUGGAUCUGCCACAACAUUCUAUCUCUACACAUACUAUGGAGCUUCAAACUUACAUUGAAGAACCUUCUCCAAGAGUCCCGCCAUCUCUACAGAUCAACUCGGUGGAUCCUCAUCCAAAGAUACGACAUGAUUUUGUCUUCUCGAAACAGGAGGACGUUAAUGCAUAUUGGGAAAUCUUGGAGUACUGUUAUGCAACAGCCGAUCCAGUAUCUGCAUCGCUCUUCCCUGGUUCUGUGGUUCAUGAGGUCUUUAAUUGCCGUUCAUGGGCUUCAGUUCGAGUUAUGACUGCUGAACAACGGAUGGAGCUGCUGAAACGAAUGGAAAUUGAUAAUCUAGAAAAGAGAAUACCAUUCAAAGAAUGUGUUGAGAUUGCCAGGGAACUUGACCUUUCUGUAGAGCAGGUUCUUCGUGUUUCUUAUGAUAAGCAACAAAAGCGUGCGCAGAGAACUUAUAAAAUCUCAAACUCAAGAAAACAGGAAAGAUGUACGGAUACAAAUUCCGAAUCUGUUCUUAAGAAAAGGAGGCUUUCAGAAGAGAAGUCGGUUGAGCGUGCUCCUGAUUCUACGAGCAGAGAAACAUCUUGUGUUCAUGGAGAUAACAUGGAUAGAGAUCCCUCUAUAGCUGAUGCCGAAGUCCAUGAUAAUCUCAUGGAAACAUGCACGAAUACGAGUUAUGACAAUCCUACCACAGAGUUUGAGCCCCAUGAAGAAGAUGAUCAAAGUUUGUCUUUCAUCAAGAGCUGUAAUGUCAUUCGCCAGAGAAGAUUCACAUGGACAGAUGAAUUUGACAGGCAAUUAGUUAUGCAAUAUGCAAGGUAUCGUGUAAUUAUGGGGGAAAGGUUUAGUCGUGUUAUAUGGUCCUCUGUACCUAAUCUUCCGACAGAUCCAUUGGCAUGUGGUAGAAGAAUGAACAAAAUAAAUAGUGAUAUGAGUACUAGGAGGGCUGUGAUGAGGCUGUGUAAUCUUCUUGGUGAACGAUAUGGCCGUUAUCUUAACAAUGGGAGAACAGUGAGGAAGAAUAUUCUGAAUCUUGGUGAUUCUGCAAAGAGCAUCCAACAGUCUAGAGCGGAUGAAACUAUUGAUCGCCAUCUAGUUAUUCCUGAGGAUACUGAAACUAGCUUUCGGCAAAGUUCAUGGGAUGAUUUUGAUCACCCAGACAUCAAGAUGGCUGUUGAUGAAGUUCUUAGAUGCAAGAAGAUGACAAAGGCUGAACACACCAAAAAAAGUGGGGCACGACAUGGACAAGGAUGCCUGGAUACUCCAACAGACGGAACAAACUUGGAUUUCCAGGAACAUGUUACCCCAACAGAACAUAUUUCAGCAAGCCAUGCAGAGAGCAAUGCGAGCCAUUGUGAAACGGGGACCAAGAAUAGCAACAUUCUUCAAAUCAGUGAUCAAAGUAGGUCAAUUUCUCACCAUUCUCGUAGAAAGUUUCUGAAACUUUCAAAUAGCAGAAGGAUUGAGGUUGAAAGGAAAGUAUGUGAAUCAACAACGGUUGCCAAUGCAGUGGAGCUUCUCAAGCUGGUUUUUCUAAGUAACUCAGCUGUUCCUGAAGGACAGACAUCCUUAGCUGAAACAUUGCAACUGUAUCCUAAGUCUGACCUUAUUGCUGCCUUUAAUUAUCUGAGGGAGAAAGAUUUUGUGGUCAUUAGGAAUGGAAAUCAACCACUACUUUCCCAGAAAUUUUGGCAUAAUGCAUCUUCGUCUCCGUUUCCAGUUGAUUCAGGCAAAAGAGCUGCUUUGUUUUCAUCUUGGCUCCACGAGAAAGACAAAUAUCUGAAAGAUGGGAUAGAUCUUGGCAAAGAUAUACAAUGUGGUGAAAUUUUUCACCUUUUUGCAUUUGUUGCAUCCGGAGAAGUUCUUAUUUCACCUACCUUACCUGAGGAAGGAAUUGGGGAGGCAGAUGAAUCCAAAAGUUCACAAUGUCUAUUAACGGCAGAUGAUGAUCUGAACUACUUAAAUGCUAGUAGUAAUGAAGCAGAAAUACCAUGCGAUGGGGAGAAGGAUAAAAAACAAAAAUCUCUAUGGAAGGUGGAUAGUGAUUUUUGCUCCCGCCGAGAAAAAGGGUUUCCCGGUAUCAAGGUAUUCAUAAAUCGUGCUACAAUUCCAAGAGUUGAUGCUCUCCAAUGCGCAGAAGCUAAUGAGGAUAGGAUGUGCUCCUCGAUUUAUAAUGAGAUGAAGAGGCCCAGUUAUUCAGAUAUAAAGAGCGUGACUUUUGAAUCUUUAUUAAGCAGGUCGAGUUUGCCAGAUAACUCUGGCUGCAAAAUUCAGUUGGAAGGGGACCCUGAUAGAUCGCCAUGCUAUGAGAUGAGCAGAUAUGCUGAGAAUCUAGCAGCAGUAAUGGUCGGCAGUUGUGGAGUUUUUAAUUUUUGUCCAGAACUAUUUAGAUCUGUUUGUUCUGUCAUUGAUAAGGCUGGUGAACAAGGGUUGAGUGUUGAAGAAAUUUCUAGAUUGACAAGUGUGCAAGAAGUGCGAUUGACAGAAGUAGUGGUCGAGACGCUUGAAAUUUUCCAACUAGCUUUCAAGGUUAAUGCAUACGAUUGUGUCCGAGUAGUUGCUUCUUCGCACAGAUCAAAAUACUUCAUUGGCCUUCAUGCUGAUCUGGCUAGUUGUGAGAAUGAUAAAGGCAUGAGGCUCUCUGAUGGGCAUAAACUGACUCGCCUUGAUAAGCCGCCGAAGCCUGGCGUACCUCAAGGCGAAACCCAACUGAGUAGACAAAGUCUCACAUCUGAUGAAUGCAAUCAGACCCAUGCAUUGAGGAAUGAGUCUGAAAACAGAUUGUCCUCUGUUGCAGGUGUCUCAAAUGGCCACCAGUCUUUAUUGCCAUGGAUUAAUGGUGAUGGAAGCACCAACAGCAUUGUAUACAAAGGUCUUACCCGUCGAGCUCUGGGGACAGUCAUGCAGAACCCUGGUAUAUUGGAGGAAGAUAUCAUUCAUCAAAUGGACGUUUUAAAUCCUCAGAGCUGCCGGCGGCUGCUUGAGAGAAUGGUUCUCGAUAACCACUUGAUUACGAGGAUGGUGGUGCAUCAAACUGCUUCAAUUUCAUCUCCAUCAAUACUCCAUUCUCUUUUCCAGUCUGAUCUUACCAAACAAAGACGAGAGUUUCGGAAACAUUACUUUGCUAAUCCCUUGAGCACUUCCUUACUUUAGCGUAUGCUUACAGUUUGACAUAGUCAAAAUAAGCUAGUAUAGUCUUUUAAUAAGCUUAUAUCUGUACAGUAUAUGUUGAUAUUUUGUGGGAAAAGUUUUCUGUAAAAUUUAAUGUAACAUGUCUCUCAGGUAUCUUUCUUAAUCUUAAAUGUACGCAUUGAUCGAAACAUGUACAUUGUUUCCAAUCUGGACGAUGUUUUAUGA